AUGGAUUACCAAAACCGUGCUGGUUCCAAGUUUGGCGGCGGAGGCGUGGCAUCCACCUCAGCAACAAACGCCGAUCGACGAGAACGUCUGCGAAAGCUCGCCCUCGAAACCAUCGACCUCGACAAAGACCCCUACUUCUUCAAGAACCACGUCGGAUCCUUCGAAUGUCGACUCUGUCUGACAGUCCACCAGAACGAUGGCUCCUACCUCGCCCACACCCAGGGCCGAAAGCAUCAAACAAACCUCGCCCGUCGUGCUGCGAAGGAGCAGAAGGAAGGAAGAGCAGGUCUUGAUCCUGUGACUGGUAUGCCGAUUGGCAUGGUUGGAGCGCAAGUCAAUGUCAAGAGAAAUGUGGUCAAGAUUGGACGACCUGGAUAUAAGAUUACGAAGACGAGGGACCAGGUUACGAGGCAGCAUGGCUUAAUAUUCCAGCUCCAAUAUCCUGAGAUAUCGCUAGAUGUUACGCCGAAGGUCAGAUUCAUGAGUGCGUAUGAGCAGAAAGUGGAUGACCCUCCGGACAAGAACUUUCAAUACAUGCUUGUGGCAGCGGAACCCUAUGAGACCUGUGGAUUUAAGUUGCAAGCGAGGGAGAUCGACCGAACGAACGACAGGUAUUUCACUUGGUGGGACCCUGAUCUCAAGGAAUUCUGGGUUCAGGUCAUGUUCAAGACGGAGAGAGAGGAGAGGUAUAGUGGUGUUCCGGGCUUAGCUCCUUCAAGACGAUGA